CAUUCGGUGCUGCGGUGCAUGAUGUCACUAGCGACAUCCCAAACAGCUCACUCUACAGCCCAGAACAGCUCGACGCCCGUCGACAGCUAUUUUAUUCCGGGAGGUUUCCAAACAUUUUUGAUCCGGUUUUAGAAAGCUACCUGCAAAGUAGAGAGAAUGGAUACCAGUGGGGUGAAAGUGCUGGAGUCUGCUGAUGACAUCCAGGAGCGCCGGCAGCAGGUGUUGGACCGCUACCGGCGCUUCAAGGAGCUGUCGGGCGUGCGACGGCAGAAGCUGGAGGACUCGUACCGCUUCCAGUUCUUCCGCCGCGAUGCUGACGAGCUGGAGAAGUGGAUCCAGGAGAAGCUGCAGAUUGCCUCUGAUGAGAACUACAAGGACCCUACCAACCUCCAGGGCAAGCUCCAGAAACAUCAGGCCUUUGAGGCGGAGGUGCAGGCCAACGCUGGAGCCAUCAUUAAGCUAGACGAGACUGGCAACCUUAUGAUCUCCGAAGGCCACUUUGCCUCCGAAACCAUCCGCACUCGUCUGGAGGAGCUUCACCGUCUUUGGGACAUGCUGCUGCAGAAGACCAAGGAGAAGGGUGUCCGUCUACUUCAGGCCCAGAAGCUAGUGCAGUACCUGCGCGAGUGUGAGGAUGCCCUGGACUGGAUCAGUGACAAGGAGGCCAUGGCCACCUCUGAGGAGCUGGGCCAGGACCUGGAGCACGUAGAGGUGCUACAGAAGAAGUUUGAGGAGUUCCAGACGGACCUGGCAGCCCACGAGGAGCGUGUGAACGAGGUGAACCAGCUGGCGGGCAAGUUGAGCCAGGAGUCCCACCCCGAGGCGGAGCUCAUCGUUCGCAAGCAGGAGGAGGUGAACGCCGCCUGGCAGAGGCUCAAGGGCCUGGCGCAGCAGAGGCAGGGCAGGCUGUUCGGAGCCGCCGAGGUGCAGAGAUUUAACAGGGAUGUGGACGAGACCAUUAGCUGGAUCAAGGAGAAGGAGCAGCUCAUGGCAUCCGAUGACUUUGGCCGGGACCUGGCCAGCGUUCAGGCUCUGCUGCGCAAGCAUGAGGGCCUGGAGAGAGACCUGGCUGCCCUCGAGGACAAGGUCAACACUCUGGGCGGAGAGGCUGAACGUCUGCAGCAGACCCACCCCCAGAACGCCUCCCAGAUCCACCUGAAGAGGGAUGAGCUCAUCACCAACUGGGAGCAGAUCCGCACGCUGGCCGCCGAGCGCCACGCCCGCCUCAACGACUCCUACAGGCUGCAGCGCUACACUUCAGACUUCCGUGACCUGACCAGCUGGGUGACGGAGAUGAAGGCCCUGAUCAACGCUGAUGAGCUGGCCAACGACGUGGCUGGAGCUGAGGCUCUCCUCGACCGCCACCAGGAACACAAGGGUGAGAUUGACGCCCAUGAGGACAGCUUCAAAGCCACGGACGAGGCUGGCAAGGCUCUGCUCAACACUGGACACUACGCCUCAGAGGAGGUCAAGGAGAAGCUGGGUGUACUGACUGAGGAGAAGGAGUCUCUGUUGGAGCUGUGGGAGGUGCGCAGGCAGCAGUACGAGCAGUGCAUGGACCUGCAGCUCUUCUACAGGGACACGGAGCAGGUCGACAACUGGAUGAGCAAGCAAGAGGCGUUCCUUCUGAACGAGGAUCUUGGUGACUCUCUGGACAGCGUGGAGGCCCUGCUGAAGAAACACGAGGACUUUGAGAAGUCCCUCAGCGCCCAGGAGGAGAAGAUCACUGCCCUGGAUGAAUUUGCCACCAAACUGAUCCAGAACAACCACUACGCCAAGGAGGAUGUGGCCACUCGUAGAGAUGCUCUGCUGAGCCGCCGUAACGCCCUGCAUGAGCGUGCCCAGUCCCGCCGCGCCGCCCUGGAGGACUCCUUCCACUUGCAGCAGUUCUCCCGCGACUCGGACGAGCUCAAGAGCUGGAUCAAUGAGAAGAUGAAGACGGCCACCGACGAAGCCUACAAGGAUCCGUCCAACUUGCAGGGCAAGGUCCAGAAGCACCAGGCCUUCGAGGCGGAGCUGUCAGCCAACCAGAGCCGCAUCGACGCGCUGCAGAAGUCUGGACAGGAGCUCCUGGACGGCAAGCACUACGCCGCCGACGAAGUGUCGGUCCGCAUGGAUGAGGUCAGCUCCCAGUGGAAGAAGCUGCUGGAGGCCACUGAGCUCAAAGGCAUCAAGCUGCGUGAGGCUAACCAGCAGCAGCAGUUCAACAGGAAUGUGGAGGACAUUGAGCUGUGGCUUUACGAGGUGGAGGGCCACCUGGCCUCCGACGACUACGGCAAGGACCUGACCAGCGUCCAGAACCUGCAGAAGAAACAUGCCCUGCUGGAGGCCGAUGUGGCCGCACACCAGGACCGCAUUGACGGCAUCACCAUCCAGGCGCGUCAGUUCCAGGAGGCGGGCCACUUUGACGCCGACAACAUCAAGCGCAAGCAGGAGGCGCUGAUGGCGCGCUACGACGCCCUUCGCGACCCCAUGGCUGCCCGCAAGCAGAAGCUAUCGGACUCGCUGCGGCUGCAGCAGCUCUUCAGGGAUGUGGAGGACGAGGAGACCUGGAUCCGGGAGAAGGAGCCCAUCGCCGCCUCCACCAACCGGGGCAAAGACUUGAUUGGCGUUCAGAACUUGCUGAAGAAGCACCAGGCCCUGCAAGCGGAGAUCGCCGGCCACGAACCCCGCAUCAAGGCUGUCACCCAGAAGGGAGAGGCCAUGGUGGAGGAAGGUCACUUUGCCGGAGAGGAGGUGAAGGUGAAGCUGGAGGAGCUGAACGGCCGCUGGGACACCCUGAAGGGCAAGGCCGGGCAGCGCAGGCAGGACCUGGAGGAUUCGCUGCAGGCCCAGCAGUACUUUGCCGACGCCAACGAGGCAGAGUCCUGGAUGAGGGAGAAGGAGCCCAUUGUGGGCAGCCCCGACUACGGCAAGGACGAGGACUCUGCUGAGGCCCUGCUGAAGAAGCACGAAGCCCUGAUGUCUGAUCUGAGUGCCUAUGGAAGCAGCAUCCAGGCUCUGAAGGAGCAGGCCCAAACCUGUAGGCAACAAGUGGCUCCCACCGAUGAUGAGACAGGUAAAGAGCUGGUGCUGGCCCUCUAUGACUACCAGGAGAAGAGCCCCCGCGAGGUCACCAUGAAGAAGGGAGACAUCCUCACCCUGCUCAACAGCACUAACAAGGACUGGUGGAAGGUGGAGGUGAAUGACCGCCAGGGUUUUGUUCCGGCAGCCUACGUCAAGAAGCUGGAUCCCACCCAGUCCUCUUCCAGAGAGAACUUGCUGGAUGAGCAGGGCAGCAUCGGCCUGCGCCAGGAUCAGAUUGAGAACCAGCCGUUGGCCAAGGAGGCGUGCAGUGUGUCUGUACGCAUGAAGCAGGUGGAGGAACUGUACGGAACUCUCCAGGAGCUAGGCGAGAAGCGCAAGGACAUGCUGGAGAAGAGCUGUAAGAAGUUCAUGCUGUUCCGCGAGGCCAACGAACUACAGCAGUGGAUUAACGAGAAGGAGGGAGCCCUCACCAAUGAGGAGGUGGGCUCCGACCUGGAGCAGGUGGAGGUGCUGCAGAAGAAGUUUGACGACUUCCAGAAGGACCUGAAGGCCAAUGAGUCUCGUCUGAGGGACAUCAACAAGGUGGCGUCUGAGCUGGAGUCUGAGGGCCUGAUGGCCGAGGAGGCAACCAUGGUCCAAGCUCAGGAACAAGUGAUGCUGGGAUCUGCUCCUGGCCAGGAUGAGGCUGAUAACAAGAAUGCCUCUCCAUGGAAGAAUGUACGCUUGGCUGUUCAAACGACGGCUAACUUUAAUACUAUCAAGGAGCUGAACAACCGCUGGAGAUCCCUGCAGCAGCUGGCUGAGGAGAGGAGCAACAUGCUGGGCAGUGCCCACGAAGUGCAGAGGUUCCACAGGGAUGCGGAUGAGACCAAGGAGUGGAUUGAGGAGAAGAACCAAGCGUUGAACACAGACAACUAUGGCCACGACCUGGCCAGCGUUCAGGCCCUUCAGCGCAAACACGAGGGCUUUGAGAGAGACCUGGCUGCCCUGGGAGAUAAGGUGAACUCCCUGGGGGAGACAGCGGAGCGUCUGAUCCAGUCCCACCCGGAGGCAGUGGACGACAUCCAGGAGAAGUGCACAGAGCUCAAUACGGCCUGGAGCAGUCUGGUAGGGCGCGCCGACCAGCGAAAGGAUAAGCUAGGCAACUCCCACGACCUGCAGCGCUUCCUCUCCGACUUCAGGGACCUCAUGUCCUGGAUCAACGGCAUCCGAGGCCUGGUGUCCUCAGAAGAGCUGGCCAAGGACGUGACCGGGGCUGAGGCCCUGCUAGAGAGACACCAGGAGCACCGUACUGAGAUCGACGCCCGUGCGGGCACCUUCCAGGCCUUUGAGCAGUUUGGCCAGCAGCUGUUGGCGCGCGGCCACUAUGCCAGUCCUGAGAUCCAGCAGAAGCUGGAGGCCUUGGACCACGAGAGGGCAGACCUGGAGAAGGCCUGGGUGCAGAGACGAAUGAUGCUCGACCAGUGCCUGGAGCUCCAGCUGUUCAACCGUGACUGUGAACAGGCUGAGAACUGGAUGGCGGCUCGCGAGGCCUUCCUGGCCAGCGACGACAAGGGUGACUCCCUGGACAGCGUGGAGGCUCUCAUCAAGAAACACGAGGACUUUGACAAGGCCAUCAACGUACAGGAGGAGAAAAUCGCUGCUCUGCAGUCCUUUGCAGACCAGCUGGUUGGCGCUGAUCAUUAUGCCAAACCAGAGAUAUUCAACCGUCGCAAUGAAGUCCUGGACAGGUGGCGCCGUCUGAAGGCUCAGAUGAUUGAGAAGCGCUCCAAGCUGGGCGAGUCCCAGACGCUGCAGCAGUUCAGCCGCGACGUGGACGAGAUAGAGGCCUGGAUCAGCGAGAAGCUGCAGACAGCUACAGACGAGUCCUAUAAGGACCCCACCAACAUCCAGCUGUCGAAGCUGCUGAGUAAGCACCAGAAGCACCAGGCCUUCGAGGCGGAGUUGCAUGCCAACGCAGACCGCAUCCGUGGGGUUAUCGACACUGGCAACGCCCUCAUCCAUAGAGGGGCCUGCUCCGGCAGUGAGGAUGCGGUUCAGUCACGUCUGGGUGCUCUGGACGAGCAGUGGCAGUUCCUGGUGAACAAGUCGGCAGAGAAGAGCCAGAAGCUGAAAGAAGCCAACAAGCAGCAGAACUUCAACACUGGCAUUAAGGACUUUGACUUCUGGCUCUCUGAGGUCGAGGCCCUUCUUGCCUCUGAGGAUUAUGGCAAAGACCUGGCCUCCGUCAACAACCUGCUGAAGAAACAUCAGCUUCUGGAAGCCGACAUCUCUGCUCAUGAGGAUCGUCUGAAGGACCUGAACGGCCAGGCUGACAGCCUGACGGCCAGCACGGCCUUCGACCCCACCCAGGUUAAGGACAAGCGCGACGCUGUCAAUGGACGCUUCACCAAGAUCAAGAGCAUGGCCACUGGCCGCCGUGCAAAGCUCAACGAGUCGCACCGCCUACACCAGUUCUUCAGGGACCUGGACGACGAGGAGUCUUGGAUCAAAGAAAAGAAAUUGCUAGUGAGUUCGGAGGACUAUGGACGUGAUUUGACUGGAGUGCAGAAUCUGAGGAAGAAACACAAGAGGCUGGAGGCUGAGUUGGGGGCCCAUGAGCCGGCCAUCCAGUCUGUGCAGGACACAGGGAAGAAGCUGUCCGAUGACAACACCAUCGGCCAGGAUGAGAUUGAGCAGAGGCUGGCCCAGUUUGAGGAGCACUGGAUGGAGCUGAAGGACCUGGCUGCAGCCAGGGGACAGAGGCUGGAGGAGUCGCUGGAGUACCAGCAGUUUGUUGCGAAUGUUGAAGAGGAGGAAGCCUGGAUUAACGAGAAGCUGAACCUGGUGGGAAGUGAAGACUACGGGGAUACCCUGGCUGCUGUGCAGGGCCUGUUGAAGAAGCAUGAGGCGUUUGAGACUGACUUCUCUGUGCACAGGGACAGAGUGAAUGACGUGUGUUCCAACGGAGACGAGCUCAUCAAGAAGAACAACCACCACGUGGACAGCAUCUCAGCCAAGAUGGCGUCCCUGCGGGGCAAGGUGUCUGAGCUGGAGAGGGCCGCUGCCAUGAGAAAAGCCAAGCUGGAUGAGAACUCUGCCUUCUUGCAGUUCAACUGGAAGGCUGACGUGGUGGAGUCCUGGAUCGGUGAGAAGGAGAACAGCCUGAAGACGGAUGAGUACGGACGAGAUCUCUCCUCUGUGCAGACCUUGCUCACUAAGCAGGAGACGUUUGACGCAGGGCUGCAGGCCUUCCAGCAGGAGGGUAUCACCAACAUCACAGCCCUCAAGGACCAGCUGCUGGCGGCCAAGCACGUCCAGUCCAAGGCCAUCGAGACGCGCCACGCUGCCCUCAUGAAGCGCUGGAACCAGCUUCUCGACAACUCGCAGGCCCGCAAGAAGAAACUGCUGGAGGCCCAGGAGCACUUCAGGAAGGUGGAAGACCUAUUCCUGACCUUUGCCAAGAAGGCUUCGGCCUUCAAUAGCUGGUUUGAGAAUGCUGAGGAGGACUUGACAGAUCCGGUGCGCUGCAACUCGCUGGAGGAGAUCCGGGCGCUGCGCGACGCCCACGAGGCCUUCCGCUCAUCGCUGAGCUCGGCGCAGGCCGACUUCAACCAGCUGGCCGAGCUGGACCGGCAGAUCAAGAGCUACCAGGUGGUGUCCAACCCCUACACCUGGUUCACCAUGGAGGCCCUGGAAGAGACCUGGAGGAACCUGCAGAAGAUCAUCAAGGAACGAGAGCUGGAGCUGCAGAAGGAGCAGAGGCGGCAGGAGGAGAAUGACAAGCUGCGGCAGGAGUUUGCGCAGCACGCCAAUGCAUUCCACCAGUGGCUGCAGGAGACCAGGACAUAUCUUCUGGAUGGCAUAGCUUAUCGACGGGUUGUCCGUGUCAUUCAAUAUGAAGUCGGUGAUGAUCUUUCCCGAAGGUCCUGCAUGGUAGAAGAAUCCGGAACCUUGGAAUCACAACUUGAGGCAACCAAGCGCAAGCACCAGGAGAUCCGGGCAAUGCGUAGCCAGCUGAAGAAGAUUGAGGACCUGGGCGCGGCCAUGGAGGAGGCUCUGAUCCUGGACAACAAGUACACAGAACACAGCACGGUGGGCCUGGCCCAGCAGUGGGACCAGCUAGACCAACUGGGCAUGAGGAUGCAGCACAACCUGGAGCAGCAGAUCCAGGCCAGGAACACCACUGGAGUGACAGAGGAUGCCCUGAAGGAGUUCAGCAUGAUGUUCAAGCACUUUGACAAAGAGAAGUCUGGCCGUCUGAACCACCAGGAGUUCAAGUCGUGUCUGCGCUCACUGGGUUACGACCUGCCCAUGGUGGAGGAGGGAGAGCCAGACCCAGAGUUUGAGUCCAUCCUCGACACUGUCGACCCCAACAGGGAUGGCAACGUGUCCUUGCAGGAGUACAUGGCCUUCAUGAUCAGCCGCGAGACAGAGAACGUCAAGUCCAGCGAGGAGAUUGAGAGCGCCUUCCGAGCCCUCAGCGUCGAUGCCAAGCCCUACGUUACCAAGGAGGAGCUCUACCAGAAUCUGUCCAAGGAACAGGCAGACUACUGCAUCUCGCACAUGAAGCCCUACCUAGACAGCAAGGGCCGGGAAAUGCCCUCGGCCUUCGACUUUGUCGAAUUCACCCGCUCACUUUUUGUCAACUGAUCCCUUGCCUGCCAGUGACCAAUCGGGAUGCGUUUGUCACGCACACAUGCUGAAACUGCAUGAGUCUGACACUAGAAUACUCCAUAGUUAUCAGUACCUAUAUAUAUCUCACUCUUUGUGCUUCACUGUCAAUAGCCUAGUGUUUGCAUUUGAAUGUUUUAGCUGUUUUAGUGCUUUCGCUGGAUUUAAGAACCUAUAGAUAUGGUAUGCUGUAACAUCACAAUAAGGACUGCGGUGUGCUUUAAUAAACGCUACUGGUUAGAAGUGGAAA